AUGCCUCCCAAACGCGCUUUAAGUCAACCACCAGUACUUCCCCGCCUCACUCGAGCGACAGCCUGGAGGGACGAAUACCAUCGGAUCACUACACGGUAUCUAGGGUUUAUUAACGGCUUCCCAUCCAUACCCGAAGAGCCCAAUCUUAUAGGGCCUCCGCAGGAUUGGAAUGCUGGGUAUCGUCGAGGACUCUUAGCCACCCGCGCUUUCGUCCUAAAUACCAAUACCCCGCUUUCCGAGGUUAGCAACCUUAUCGCCCAACUUUGGGACCUUUUUGAGACAAUAAUCAGGGCUCGCAACCGCAUUGUGGGUGCAGAGACGGUAGCGGAUAUACGGCGUAUCCAUGCAGUACGCGACUCCUAUGACCCAGCCAAUCUACGGGAGCACGCUCUAAGUCUCAUUAGCGCAUGGGCUGCUCUUGCCCUAAACCCACACCUUAGGACUACCUCACUGGUACUCUACCGACUGGGUGUUACCCUUCGUUGGGAGUUAUCUGAACGAAUCGAACAUUAUUGGAAUGAGCACAACUAUCCCACGAUCCUCGACGAAAAUGACCAUAGCCAGGUGGUCGGAAGCUUUCGGGCACAGCUGUCUUCUAUCGCGGCCGAUUGUCAACGUGCCGCCCCUAAUAUCCGGCCUGUGACCCCGGAAGUCCGCAACGCUCUCCUCGCAGGGCUCCGAGAAUCAUUAGAGUUCUACCGCGACUCACAAAACCCAUUUCUAGACAGAGCGGCCCGAGCCCGCGCAGCUGGAGCGGUUAGCAACGCGACGCGGGAUCUCUGGAUGCUCCUGAAUACCUUCUUCCAAAGCGGCGGUCCGAACAACACUGGCUUCCAUCACGACGUAGUCACCUUCCUUAGGAGGCUCGUCGAGAUCUAUGAGACAACCCUUUCGUUUAUGGAUAUAAACGAGACCUUCCGUGAGGUCUAUCCCCUCUGGCUUCAGAUACUCGGACUUCCUACUCUUGCGGUAGACGCCCAAUUGGAAUAUAGUAUGGGCGUGCUUCUGCACUGGCCUACAGUUCCACAAGGUGUCACACAGCCCCCUAACUGGCAGGGCCCUUAUUCAGUUGUCACACCUUAUGUAGCAAUCUCGUCAUCUGAGUCUGGCCAGGGCUCGGAUAUAAACCCCGGACUUGACGGUGCUGGUGAUCAAUUGACCGGGUGGAGUCUUAUCCGGUCCGGCCUACACCAGCAGCCACUUACUACGGAUAUGGAAGGCGUUGUCGCUGCUACCAAUGCUGGAAAGCUCAAGUGUAUUAUUUGUGCUAAGGCCGUCCAGCUAGGAGAUCAGGUUGUCUCCCUCCGUCCGCACUGCCGCCACUGGUUCCACCCCCGUUGCCUUGAUAGUCUAAUGCCACAGUUUACCGAGCACUGCCCGGUAUGCGGUAUACAUGUCAAGCCGGGUGGUAACUGA